AUGGAAGGAUUUGCCUUAAAGAUCAUAGUUUUAAUAUAUAUUUUUAUUCAACCGUCAAACCUUCAACUUCUUAUCAAUGUUAAAAAUCAGGGUGGUGAUGUUAUGCAGGAAAAUAUAACAGCAAACGUAUCAGAAGAUACAGUUACCCUGGAGUUCUUAAGACUAGAUGGAAUAUACGUCUCGCAACUCGUCGACUUCACAAAUGAGGUGGAGGCUAUGAAAAUUGUGAUACCAGCUGAAGAAGAGCUGGGUCAGACUGGUCACCAGAUACUCUGCUUCCUCACUCACGCUGCCCAAGCAGACUUCAUUGCUCCUGAUGCUAUGGCCAAACUUCGUCAAAAAAACCCGGGCACAGUGAGGGUGGCAGAGGAAGACAAGGGCUGGCGACAGACUACUACAACAGCCUGGGCCGGGUUUGCCACCAGGCUAUUGUCUCCGGCAGCUGCGAGACACUGUAGUGCUGCUCGAGACAGGGUCUACUUAAGAACUGCAGAUCUUACCAGAUGGGGCCCUCGUCCUGGUCUAGAGCAGUCUUCAUAUUCAUCAGAAGUAACACCGUUUCCCUCACAUGUCCUAAUGUCGGACACUGCCGACGGUAAACCUGCAGUAGGUGUGUGUGUUGCUGAAACAGAUGCUGGCAAGGAGUGCAUCUGUCAUUUAGAGGUAUGUGUCAACUGGUACCCAUGUGGUCUGAAGUACUGCAAGGGCAAGCCUCAGGGUGGCUUGAGCUACAGAUGUGGUAUCAAGACUUGUCACCGAUGCUACCGCUAUCAUUACUACGUUCACCGACGUGACUCCUGCCUCAGCUACUUGUGA